AAAUGAAUGGCAAAUUGAGGUGUUCUUGUUUAAAUUGGCUUUGGCUUUUGACUUUUUACUCCUGCAGUACCAUCAUCUAUCUGCAUUCAACUCCAAAGUUUGAAAUACUUGUGUUUUCUCAAACUCAAAUCUUAGUCUGAACAACAUGGCCAAAACACCCAUCAAAUACUAUCUGGUUGAUGCAUUCAGCGACUCAGCCUUCAAGGGAAACCCAGCAGCGGUUUGUUUGUUGGAGGAAGAAAGAGAUGAGAAAUGGAUGCAAGCAGUGGCUGCUGAGUUUAAUAUCUCCCAGACUUGUUACUUGACUCGGAUCCCCAAUUCCACCUCUCCAAACACCAGGUUUCGUCUUAGAUGGUUUACCCCUGUUACCGAGGUUAAGCUAUGUGGUCAUGCAACCUUAGCAUCUGCUCAUACUCUCUUUACAACUGGCUUGGUAAAUUCAAACAUUAUCGAAUUUGAUACAUUAUCUGGAAUCCUAACUGCUACAAGAGUUCCAGAUGUUAGUCCAACCAAUAUCUCCGAGGUUCAGAACGGUGGAGUGAGCGACUGCUUUCUGAUCGAAUUGAAUUUUCCUUCCGUUCCAGCUACUGACUUCAAUUCUGCUGAGGCUUCACUUGUAUCGAAAGCCUUGAACGAUGCUCCAUUUAUUGAUGUUAAGAGAACGACUCCCGCAGAUGAUAUCUUCGUUGUGCUCCCAUCUGGAAAAUCUGUUAUCGAAAUGGAGCCACGGUUCGAUGACAUACUGAAAUGUCCUGGACGAGGCUUAAUUGUUUCAGGAGCUGCCCCUCCAGAUUCUGAAUUUGAUUUUAUUAGUCGGUUCUUCUGUCCUAAGUAUGGUAUUAAAGAGGAUCCGGUUUGCGGAAGUGCACACUGUGCCUUGGCACCCUAUUGGAGCCAAAAGCUGGGAAAGUUAGAUUUUGUUGCGCAUGCGGCAUCACCUAGAGGAGGAAUAGUGAAGAUCCAUUUCGAUGAGCAAAACCAGAGAGUGCUUCUGCGAGGAAAAGCUGUCAUGGUGAUGGAAGGCUCUAUUUUGGUGUAGAUGUGGAGUUCCAAUUUCCCUACCCUGGUCCUGGAUGGAUUGCAAGUUCUAAUGAUAGUUACUGCCUCCAACAUUUCCCUGCAACUUUAAUUAUUAUGGACUAAUGAAGUUCUGGUUUAAUGAGAGUGUUUGAGAUAAUCUUAUUUAAUUCAUGAAUUGGUUAAGCCCCAAUGCUUUAAAAGUAAUCAUAAA